AAAGGAAAGGGUUUGUGUGAGGAAACCUAUUUUCUCCCUGUUGAUGCUUUUCUAUAUGGUCUCAUGCAGGAGGCAUGCUUGGAAAUAGCGUGAAAGGCAGAGAAGGAGAUUUGAAGAUGGAAAGGACGGAUAGCACAAAGGCAUACGGCCAAGCAGAUGGCAAAGGAGUUGGCAUGGCAGCCAAGAGAGCCAAGUCUGGAGUGCCUCAGAGCACCAGGGGGGAGCUAAAGGUUUACCGGGCAGGUAGCUCUGAGGGCAGAUUACCUGUGCCCUCUAACCUCCGCAAGCAGAGGUCUAUGACCAACCUAGCUGUUCUCACCGACGCCGAGAAGAAGUUGCACCUUUAUGAGCCUAAGUGGUGUGAUGACAUGGCUAAGCCUGGAGCAGGGCAAACCAAAACAGGCAAGCCAAAGACGGCAGGAGGUGGCAGCAGCGCCGGAGGGGGUGCCCCGCUCUCACGCAACCUCUCCAAAUCGGAGCAUUCCCUCUUCCAGGGCAAGCCCAAGCCCUUCAGCCCUUUAGCUGCUCCAUCUGCACUGAGCAAGCAGAGUCGCAUACCUCGAGGUCCUUACGCUGAGGUGAAGCCCCUGAGCAAGGCACCUGAGGAUGGGAAAUCAGAUGAUGAGAUCCUCUCCAGCAAGGCAAAGGCCAACAGUAAGAAGCAGGGAGCUGGAGCUGGAGGGGAGGCGGGGUCCAAAGGCCAGGGGGAGGAAGGGGGAGACAAGCCCUUCUUGAAGGUGGACCCAGAGCUGGUGGUGACAGUGCUGGGAGACCUGGAGCAGCUGCUGUUCAGUCAGAUGCUGGACCCGGAGUCCCAGAGGAAGCGAACCGUGCAGAAUGUCCUUGACCUCCGACAGAAUCUGGAAGAUACAAUGUCCAGUCUUCGUGGCUCCCAGCUUAGCCAUAGUUGUCUGGACAGCAGUAACGUGGGCUAUGACAGCGAUGACACCAACGCUCGCAGCAUGUCCAGCCUGUCCAACCGCUCUUCACCUCUGUCCUGGCGCCACGGCCAGUCGAGCCCUCGCCUUCAGGCAGGUGACGCCCCGUCCUCCACAGGCGGAGGGUACCAGGGUGGGAAAAGUGGCUCCCAGUAUACAGCCCAAACGAUGCCGACACGCUGCUCCAGCCGCCUCAGCAGCACCUCCCGCAUUGAGCUCAUCGAGGGGCUGGAUGUCGACGACACUGACCUUAAGUCCGGCUACCUGAGUGACAGUGACCUGCUGGGCAAAAGUCUACCGGAUGAUGAUGACGACAACCUGGCCAAUGGCUGGGAUGAGAGCAGCUCCAUCAGCAGCGGGCUCAGCGAUGGUGAUGGCGAAGGUUCAGAGAACCUCAGUUCAGAGGAGUUCAACGCCAGCUCCUCCCUCAACUCUCUCCCUACCACACCCUUGGGAUCCAGACGCAACUCUUCUGUUAUGCUCCGCACUGACGCAGAGAAGCGCUCCCUGGUGGAAAGCGGCCUCUCCUGGUACAGUGAGGAUGGCAAAGUCAGCCGCAAGCUAGAUGGUGGCAGCUACGACACAGGGAGUCUCAAGACGGAGACUCCAAGCAAGUGGAGGAAGAAGCCCCCGCAGAGCAUCAUUGACGAUGCAGGGAUUAAAGGAGAGCUGAAGAAGCCUCAGAGCCUGGGUCAGCCAGGGAGUUUCAAGAAAGGACGCAAUCCUCCUGUGGGCGUGACUUCCCCCAUCACCCACACCUCUCAGAGCAUGUUAAAAGUUGCAGCACCUAAAACUGAGAAGCCAUUGGACAAAUCCAAGAUGUCGGUCAGAACCUCUGGUCUGCAACGGUCUCGUUCUGAUGCUGGUAGGGAUCAUCAUGGAGAGCACCGUAAGCCCCCGUCAGGUUUAGUCAAGCCAACUGCUGGAGCCUCUUUUGGUUACAAGAAACCAGCCACUGGUACUGCUACUGUUAUGACAGCAGGGGGCACCACCAUCUCCAGUGGCUCUGCAACUGUGGGUAAAACCCCCAGGUCUUCUGGUAUCCCUGUGAAGCCUGGUGGAGGAGGAGUACCUUCUGGUCGCAAGAACAGCUUUGAUGCAAGCAGUGAGCAAGGCUUCUUGGGCCCUAGUGCUCGUAACAGCAUUCAGUACCGCAGCCUGCCUCGUCCAGCCAAAUCAAGCACACUCAGCGUGAUCGGUCGACCUGCACCACGGCCCAUCAGCAGUACCAUUGAUCCCAGUUUGUUGAGCCUGAAACCUGUAACAAUGGCCUCCACAAGCCCCAGGGCGAAGGAGCCCAGUAGUUGUAGCAGUAAGAUGGCUAAUCGAUCCAGCACAGGCCCCGUUAACCAAACAGACAGGGAGAAGGAAAAGGAAAGAGCCAAGGCCAAGGCUGUGGUUGCUGACAUGGACUGUGGCUCUCUGAAAGGAGAGGAGACUCCAUCUGAGUCCACAGGAGAAUCUGCAGUGAAACUGCAUGGCUUGCGACGGACCAGUAGCAGCAAGUACCCUGAGUUGUCAUCACCCACCACACCAAGGAUGCUGAACAGUAAGUCUCUGGGGCGUCCACCCAGCUUGGCUCAUCUGGACAAGGUCAACUCCAACAGUCUCGACUCCUGUGUCACCAUCCAGGAUCUCCCACCCAAAGUCCCCCCAUACUCCAAACUGCAGGACCUGGUUGGGUCCCGAGGUGCACCACGCCUCACCCCCAGCCCGGCCCCUGUCCUUCACAUUGAUUCUCCCGGGUCAUACACUAGUGAGAGCCUGAGCCUGAGUGGAUCACCCCUGCUCUACCCCAAACUGUCCGGCAUGCACCGGAGUAUGGAGUCACUACCCCUCCAGAUGAGCGUGCCUUCCACCGGGAGGUUUGUUCGGACAGAGACCCAGGACAAGGAGGAGAUGGGGACAGGAACCUGGGGGGCAGGAAGCAGGACGUCCCUCAACCUCCCAGACAGUUUGCAAACAGACAGGAACACCUUGCCGAAGAAAGGCUUAGAGCGCUAUGGCUCAAGCCUGUCAGAGAGUGAUGGAGGCAAACAGGGGAGGCGCCACUCCCACACCAUAGUAAGCAUGACAGAGAGCGAUAGCCCCCCCCAGCUGCCUUCUCCCACCCGUACACUCCACCCCUCCUCUGGCAAGGCUCCUCUCACCAAUGUGGUUGCUCCAAUUUCCAGCGGCACUCCGAGGAUAACACGCUCCAACAGCAUAGGCCCCCCUAACGAUUCAUCUUAUGAUCUGUAUGGCUCCUCUCCCCUGGGCAGCAGUGUGUCCCUGGCUGACCGGCCCAAAAGCAUGAUGCGAUCUGGGUCUUUCCGUGAACCUGGUGAUGAUGUGCAUGGUUCUGUGCUCUCUUUGGCAUCCAAUGCUUCGUCAAACUAUUCCUCGAAUGAGGAGAGGAUACAAGGGGAGCAAAUCCGCAAGUUAAGACGAGAGCUGGAGUCUUCCCAGGAGAAGGUCGCCACCUUGACCACCCAGCUCUCUGCCAACGCUAAUUUGGUAGCAGCGUUUGAGCAGAGUCUGGCGUUGAUGACAGCACGCCUGCAGACCUUAUCCGUGUCCUCAGACCAGAAGGACUCUGAAUUGUGUGAGCUGAAGGAGACCAUUGAGAUUCUGAGGGCCAAAAAUACAGAGGCCCAGGAAAUCAUACAGGGGGCUCUGAGUAGCCCUGACAUCACACCUAAAGAGCUCCAGAUCAAACGUCAAAACUCAUCGGAGAGUGUCUCCAGCCUCAACAGCACUACCAGCUACUCAAGUAUGAGCAGUCUCAAGGAGCAGGAGGCCAAGAAGAAGAAGAAGAAGAGCUGGGUCUUUGAGUUACGCAGCUCCUUCAACAAGGCCUUUAGUAAGAAGGGCUCAAAGCUGCCAGCAUCGUAUGCUGACAUUGAAGAGAUAGCCACCCCAGAAUCCUCUGCACCCUCCUCACCCAAAGUCCACCAUGAUGGGGAUAAUCCUCCUUCAUCAAUAAAGCCCUCUGCCUCUGCAUCAUCAUCUGGACUCUGUGAAGGAGGUGACGCAGCAGAUGAAAAGGUGGUAUCAGACCUGCGCUCAGAACUCUGGGAGAAGGAGCGGAAACUUACAGACAUCCGUCUGGAGGCACUGAGCUCUGCCCAUCAGCUGGAGCAGCUGCAGGAGGCCAUGUCCAACAUGCAGAGGACAGUGGAGAGUCUCAAGGCUGAAAAUGACCAGCUGAAGACAGGUGGCUCUUCCCCUUCCCCAUCUCCCGGCCCCUCCUGCUCCGUCUCUCAGUCCUCAGGUCUCACUACCUUAGGGGGCUCAUCACCACGGCAAUCAGUAGCCAUGCACAUGCCCAAAAGCUACAGCAGGGGGCUGAGUGAGGGGACAGCAGAUGUCCUCUCUGCAGAUUCUCUCAGCCUUUCCUCACAACGAGAUGACCACCGUGUGAGGGUGGUGGUUUGUGUUGCUAAUCUACAUGUCUUCAAAGAUGAGGUUAAGCAGCAGGACUUCUUCAUUGGCACUGUCAGGGUGAAUGGCAGGAUGGAUUGGCCCAUGCUGGACUCAGCUGUUAGCCAGGCUUUCAAGGUGUACAUAGCCAAGGUUGACCCCACCUCUAGUCUUGGCCUGUCCACUGACUCUAUCUACAGCUACAGUAUGGGUCACAUUAAGAGGGUGCUGGGAGGAGAGGCUCCAGAGAGUCAGCCCUCUCGCUGCAUGUCCAGAGGCCCAAGCAGCAUCACUGUGGCACUGAAAGGUUUGAAGGAGAAGUGUGUGGACAGCCUGGUAUUUGAGACCCUCAUUCCCAAGCCUAUGAUGCAACACUACAUCAGCUUGCUACUCAAGCACCGCCGUCUUAUCCUGUCGGGGCCCAGCGGCACGGGUAAGACCUACCUCACUUCCCGGCUGGCUGAGUACCUGGUGGACCGCAGUGCCCGCGAAGUCACAGAUGGCAUUGUGGUCACUUUCAACAUGCACCGCCAGUCAUGCAAGGAUCUACAGCUCUAUCUUUCAAACCUGGCCAAUCAAAUUGAUCGGGAAACCAGCACAUCAGAAAUACCAUUAGUGGUUAUCCUGGAUGAUAUUCAUGAUGCUGCUGCUAUCAGUGAACUUGUCAAUGGUGCACUCACUUGCAAAUAUCACAAAUGUCCUUAUAUUAUUGGAACAAGCAAUCAGCCAGUGAAGAUGACUGCUAACCAUGGCUUGCAUCUCAGCUUCAGGAUGGUGACCUUCUCCAAUAACGUGGAGCCAGCCAAUGGCUUCCUGGUACGCUACCUGCACAGGAAGCUCAUGGAGGCUGAGAAUGAGAGGAGUUUGACCAAUGAGGACCUGAUCAGGGUGCUGGAUUGGUUGCCCAAACUGUGGUAUCACCUGCACACCUUCUUGGAGAAGCACAGCACAUCUGACUUCCUCAUUGGCCCUUGCUUUUUCCUCUCCUGCCCGGUCACAGUAGAUGAGUUUCGUUCGUGGUUCAUCGACCUUUGGAACCAUUCCAUUAUCCCUUACCUUCAAGAGGGGGCCAAGGACGGGAUCAAGGUCCAUGGCCAGAAAGCGGUGUGGGAGGACCCAGUGGAGUGGGUGAGGGGCACUCUACCUUGGCCAUCUGCCCAGCAGGACCAGGCCAAGCUGUUCCAUUUGCCUCCGCCCAGCAUAGGCUCUAGUAGUCCUGGACAGUCCGGUGAAGAGAGGCCUCACAAAGAGACACCGCCUAGCUCCAUGGAGUCUGAUCCUCUGAUGGCAAUGCUUUUGAAACUUCAAGAGGCUGCCAAUUACAUUGAGUCUCCGGACAAAGAAGAGCCCGCCCUGCCUCAACUUUGAACACAAUGAUUAAAUUCAAGACUCAGCACUUCAGACAGGACUUUUAUUUUCUGCCCACUGUAUUACACAGUGCAGUAUACAGUGCACAUUCAGGAACACGCUAAGCCUCAGAAAUGGUUUUAGGGUGAUUUUAGUCAUUCCUGCUCUAAGAGCUUGGAAGUGUGAUUAGUUAUCCAGAAGAUUUCAUUCCAAUUCAGUUCAAAAAGCAUUGCCAGUAUAUUUCAAUGAAAAUCUAUAUUCUGUUAAUUUACCAUUUUUUGACCAGAGGACAUUCUUUUCUGUUUAAAUGAAAUCCCUUUAUCCACCACUCUUGCCCUCAGUACUAUAUCGGUGCUAGUAGAUCACUACAUGUACUCUGACUCAUUGUCUCAGCACUUAGACAGAAUCAGGUGAUUCUUUCAACAGCACAUGCAGUAGAUCCUGUCUGGUGCUCAAGUGCAACACAGGACAUGAUGUGCUUGUCAAAAGAACUUACUCUCAAUUAUUGUGACUCAUAUGGAAAAGAGUAUGACAGCAUGACAGAGGGUUAAUGUUUAUUAUAAAGUCUUGUUACAUAUCUACCGUAUAAGUCCUUGAGAGCCAAAUCUUAUGCAAUCCUUGACUUUCACAACCCAAGCAGGUGAACAAAUGUAAUGCCUUAAAACCCAGACUUCAUUGUCACCUCAACUUCAACAGAGUCGUGGUGCUUUCAUCAAUAUCAUCACAGCUGUUCUGCAGUCAGAAAACAGUUAUUUCUUUAACCCUUUCCAUUAUUUAUUUCAGUCAAUCUUUUUUUCAGUAUGAGAGAACUAUGAAAUAUUUAACAAUUGCCAGGACAAGCAUUCCCAUAUUCAUACACUGAUAAAUGACACCCUGUCUUUUUUUUUUUUUAUAAUGCUUUUGUUUAAUGAGCUGGAAAAAUGAACUUGCUGUCAUACUCUUUUGCAUACAACUAAACUUAUUAUUAUUGAUCACUUUGUUGCAGGCAACAUGCUAUAAUUUUGUCCAAGUACUUUUUUUAGUAUUAAUACCUAUUAUUGCUUUAUGAAAGAAAGUAGUAUCACCACUAUUGCCAUAUAUUUCAGGUAUUAAACAGUUAUUACACAGGUAUGACAAUAUAACAACCCUCUGAUGAAACUACAUUAGAGCAAAUGCCAUUUGAAUCAAAUUCAGAUUUUUUUUCUAUAAACUUUAUUUUUAAAACAGUACAGUAGUUUCAGAGCUAUCCCCCAGCAUUCAAAGUACUUACUGUAUAUUUUAUGUACAUAUAACCUGGCUACAUUGCAGUCAUUUUAUCUACAUUAGUUGCAUGGUGCAAAUAUCUAAUAUGCUGAACCAAAUACUGUACCUAAACUUUAAUCUUACAUAUAGACUGUCAAGUUUGAGGUUUAAGUUUAAACUGCUUAUAUGAAUGUAUAGAUUGUAUUUAUAAAAGACACAACCGUACAAAAAUACCAGUCAUCUAGUAGGUGCUUUUGAAGGAAGCCUUAUCACAAAAGUGACACUGCGAAACUGUGUCAUCAAAAUAGACAUUUAUAACACUGGCUGAGUAGAGUGACUAUAAAGCUACCUAUCCCCAUUUCAUUUGCAAGUGUCCAUGAACUUCACACUCAUACAAUUUAAAAUCUCUUUGCUAAUAUCAUUCAAGCAUAUAUCAACAUUUAGGUAAUUAUGGUGCUCUUGAACAAUGUCCCAAGCUCUGUUUAAUGUAGAAUAAAGAUCAUAUAGAUGUUCAGGGUAGGCUAGAAAGAGUUCUGUGCUUUAGAACAAGGGUUAAAUAGAUCUGCGAGAUCAUUUCUGGUAACAUAUAAGAAGUGUUGUUGAAGAGUUGUUCAAGACAUUCAGUGGAGACAGUGAAGUCAUGUGAGACAUCGUAUGCUAUAUGCCCAUGUUGGUGUUGUGGUACAGUAUUCAUAUUUGAGAACUGGUGAGGAUAAAGGAGAGCGACGUAGAACAAAAUAUAUAUGCUCAAAAGCAACAAUCUUUGAUAAAAGAUUAAAAUACUUGUUAAGGUACUUGGUGUCCAUUUUUGUAGUCUAAACUGAGUAAAUAGAUGGCAAAUGAAGCAUUAAGUGGGUUUAUGGUGGGUGCUAGUGUUGUCAAGAUAAUCCAUCUGUUCAUUCCAAACUGUCUCAUAGUCUCCCACUAUAGCUUCAUCUAAGCCAAUAUGUACAUAAAUCCUGUAAAUGAAUGUCAGGCCACUUUUGUGUGAUGAUAAUCACCAAGCUGUAUCAAAAGAAUUAUUUGAUAUAAAAGAGCAAACCUUAGUUUAAAAUUUUUAACUCUGUCUUAUCCUCUUGUUGCUUUGCUUUCGCACUUUUUGCAUUAAGAACUGUCAAAUGAGUUAGAGUCAGUAAUUUGCAGCUCUGAUUGGUCAGUUGUAUGCAAAAAAAAAAUAAAUAAAAAAUAAAAAAUCCCAUGAAAAAGUUGCAAGAUAGCCGGUGACUCUCACACUGUCAGGAAUUAUUUUAGUUAUUGUAAAUACUUAAGGUAUCAGACAGUAUGGCCCCACCCCACCCACAUCUGUGUAUGCAGGAACAAAAAAAGCCUUUGGCUCGGGCUUCUCAUCUUCUCAUCUCAUUCACUGGUUGUUGUGCCUGUUGCUCUGUAGUAGCUGUGAUGUGUGUUUACUAACUAGUGUAUCGGGACUAUGCAGCAACUUCUACUGGUGCUGGCAAUCAGAAAAUGUCUAAACUUCACAAGCAAAUGCAGUGUGUUUUCAUCAACUCUUGUCUUUGAGUUCUCAAGUUGGACCAAACUGCAUUGCAGGACAAAAGUGAAAGCUUCUUGUAGCAAGUGAUAUUGAGCCUUAAAGAGAAGACUGUUGGUUUUGCAUUGAGACAGGGUUCUAAAGGGUAGUUAAAGAAAUUGCUCUCUAAUGCUCUAAUGUUGUGUUUUGUCCUUAUGAACGGUAUAAGUGGGCGUAGAUGGACUUACAUUGCAGUAAAUGGACGAAUUACUUGAAAGUAAUUUUACUGUCAUAAAAUGACUCCAUGAAAUAAUAACAUGGCUUACAAUGUAAUUAUCUGAGUCCCUGAAAUAGUUGGCAAAAAUCAUCGCUUAAGUUUGCAAAGGGGAAACUGAGUAGAAUUAAACUUAUAGGCCAAUACAGGUUGCUGAAUAGUCAUAUUUUUUCUAAGCUUGUUGUUGACUAAGAUUU